GGAUCAAUCACAUUUGUCAAUCAUGACGAACGAUUGGUACAUAUCUUUAUUCAAUUAGAUUUCUAUAAUAAUUUUUAUAUUAUUGUUCAAUCAUCUUAAAUUAGCCCAUUAUAUGUUAAUGAAUUUUUUCUUUUCUCUUUUGUAGAAAUUAAAGUUAGGUAGGGAGCCAACAAUAGUUGAAUCUUUUAAUCGGACGCAUAAGACAAAGCAAGGCAUGGGAGGAUAUGUAGAUAAGAGAAGUGAAGUUGUCAUGGCAAAGUAUUCAGCUGAAUACUCCAAAAAAUAUGGUGAUGCCUCCACCUCAGAUGCUCCUCCACGUGAUUAUGACUUGUGGUUUGAGGCAACUAGUGUCCCAACUCAUGGCCAUGUCUAUGGCUUUAGUCCCCUAGAGGAUCUCAUUGGAAUUAUUGGGCAAUCAUCAUCUGCUUCCACCUCUACAGGUCAAGCUCCAGAGCUGUACACUCAUGAAGACCUUCUACGUAUUCUUGAGCAGGAAAAGAAAAAAUGGCAAGAGGAGGUUCUUCAAAAGAUGAGAGAAGAGAUUGGCUUUGGACCAAGGCAUGCAGAUCGGAGGAGUAAUGGUGAUUCUGGUUCUGCUGAUCAUGCUUCAUUAUAAUUGUUUUUGCCUUAGAUGAUAGGUCUUUGCAUUCCUAGGAGGAAUGAAAUCUCUGUUGAUCUUUAUGACAUAUUUUUAGACUUUGAUUUUAAUGGAUUCAGGACAUGUUGAUGCCAAUUUUGAAUGACAUUUAAAAUGACUUUUGCGUAAUGUUGAAUGCCUUUGCUAUUAAUGAUAUUACUAUUAUUAUUAUUA